GGUUGUGUUGUCUCUCCCAACUCACAACGGACACAGCAAGAACAGAUAAAGCAUCUCCUUGGUUCGGUUCCUCCAGUUCCCACCCAAAGGAAAGGAAAUUUAUCGGGCUGCUUAUAAAUUCUAGUGCAUCCUCACUCGUUCAUCGACAAAACCACAAGCAUUAGUGAUAAGCUUCUCAACAAAACAUCUGAGGAUCUAAUGGCGUCCAUCAAAUUGGUGUUUGUGGUGCUCGCGGUACUGGUCUCGGCGGCGCCAAUGGCCGUGGUGGCCGGCGACCCGGACAUCCUGACCGACUUCGUGGCGCCGACCUACAUCCCAGGCAUACCGGCGACGAACAUCACCGGCGACUUCUUCACCUACACGGGCUUCGCCUUUCCCUUACCGCCGCUGAUGACCUUCUCGGUGCUCAAGGCCUCCAUGGCGCAGUUCCCUGCCCUCGACGGGCAGAGCGUGUCGUACGCAAAGCUCAGGUUCCCGCCGGGCACCGUGAACCCGACGCACACCCACCCGCGCGCCUCCGAGCUGCUCUUCCUCCUCGAGGGCGCGCUCUCCGUCGGCUUCAUCGACACCGCCGGCAAGCUCUACGCCAAGGACCUCGCCGCGGGCGACAUGUUCGUGUUCCCCAAGGGCCUCGUGCACUACCAGUACAACCCGGGGAACAUCCUCGCCGUCGCGUUCUCGGCGUUCGGCAGCGCCUUCGCGGGGACCGUGAACGUGCCCUCCGUCGUCUUCGGCACCGACAUCGACGACGCCGUUCUGGCCAAGUCGUUCAAGACCGACGUGCCCACCGUGCUGAAGCUCAAAGCGGCGCUCACCCCGCCGCCGACGCCCAUGAACUGAUGAUCACUCCCGAGUCCUGAGCAAUAUGCUCUUGAGUCUUGUUGCUCUUCUUCUUCGACGUGUCAGCUGCCUUUGAGUUAAUAAGGCCACAAAUUAAUUAAGCUAGCCAGCAAGUGAUGAUGGAAUUACCCUUGCGCUAAGCAGGCAACCACUUAAUGUACGUCGAGAGCCAGCAGGCCGUGACGUACGGACGGACGUGUCGGUUGCUGGGUUGGGUUCGAAUUGGUACCGGACUCGGAUACGCACGCACGCCCUUUGCACAUCUCUCUGUAUAGCUCCCUC